AUGAACAUCCGCAUCUGUAUCACUUGCGGCUUUAAAAUUACCCAGUACCUGCGGAAGUACAAAUGCAUGUACUGGUCGCUGUUUCGUACGUGGGUGAUGGUGGUGGGAGCCUUUCCGCCUUUGGCCCCUCGCAGCAAGCAACAACAAACAGACACGGCCAACUCCCGCAUCACUGAAAUCGAAUCGCCCUCUCAGGGCCAACCAUGGGCACCUAUGGCGAACGCCGCCGCACACGAAGCAGACAGAAGCUUUCGCUCUAGCCAAGCGAGAGGGGAUAGGCCACCCGGUGAUUUUCGUGUGCCCGAUUACAGUGACGAUCGCCGUCACGGCCUGUCGUCCAGCCGGCCCUACCGCGUUGAUUGGGGAGAGAUGGAUGGCCCGAUUUUCGACCUGAUGGUUCCACGUCCUCUACGGGUCAUUACGAAAGGCGCGAGCGUCGCGCAGGUUCCCGGGACGCUCUGCCUGGUCGGUAUCAACCCAAGAGGAGUCAGCGACGGCAUCUCCCCCAUGACGACGUAA